AUUUCAGAGAUUGCCUAUUAAUUGUUGACCACGGCGGCAACAAUAAAUUGCUUUGUAGUAACGCUUCAAAGAAAAGCACGAAAGAUAUGGUGACAUCAUCUUCCCGCUUUGUGGUCAUUCUCUGUGUUCUUCUGCUUCUGCAAGAAUUCGGGCAGGCGAGGUUCGCUCAUGGACCGGCAGGAAGAUCAUUAUCAAGGAAAAAAGCGUCGAGGGGAGAUAAUACGAGCGGGGAUAAUACGCCUAUAGAAGACGACAUCGAAGGAGAGGAAGAUGACGGAUCGGGCAACGAUAAGACAGCUAAAGAGCGAGAAACAGCUUUGAGCCAAUUGAAGCCCCAGACAACCGAACAAGAAUCGGCCGGAAAAAAAGGUUGGGUCAGCGCUCUUUUCAAGGGUAUACAAAUCGGUACAAAGGUCGGAGAUCUGGUGAUGUCGGUGGUAGGGAUGUCAGCGGCUAUUUACGGCGCUAUCAAGGGAUGCGGUGGGCCUCUAGGAGAACCCCAGCUUGAGACCUACCAGAAAGACUUCGAGACCGUAAGGGACGACGUACAAAUUCUCAGCGAUCGGGCGGACACGUUGCAGCAGGAAGCGGAAAGAGAUCAGCUUUGGGUCCAAGCUGAUAUCACCGAGUUCGAAUCAGUUUUGUCGAAGCUAAAAAAGAUUGAUGAUGAACAGGACCGACUGAUAGAGUCCAUUCACCCAUCAGUGCGGACUAGCAUGAACACAGCCGUCGCUAGAAUAAAGACGAUAAUGAAAGAGAAGAACAACACUGCUGAUGGUGUCCUUUACACCGAGCUGUUGGAUGGGUACAACUCGGCGCUGGAGAAUGCUAUAAACAUUGGAGUUCCGGCACUCACUCUGGCCUUCCCUGCAGCUAAAGGUCUCUACAACUUCGUAAAAAAGAGACAAGCUUCUAGAAAAGUCAUGGAUAUUUCGGCUGCGAAUAAUGUGGAUUUGAAAGUUCUAACCGGCGAUACGAAUAUGGUAAAACAGUCCAAGAUUGGAGGGUUUAUCUCCAGAUCUAAAUCAAAAAUAACAAAAAUGAAGAAAAGAUUCAACACUCGUUUUGGGACCGCCGCCAAGUUUGCCAAGUCAUUUAAGAAGGGGCUUUCUGUGGGGCUUAGCCUUGCUACAAUGGGCUUUGAGAUCUUCAUGUUAAUAAAAGGUCGAGAAGAAUGUGCAAAAAUCAGAGAGCUAGCGUUUGAAGCUCUUGGUAACGUCACAAAGGCGAGGGACACGAUAAGGGAUCAGAUCACCGACAUCACUACUCAUCGAGGAAUUAUGCGGGAGGCUUGGGGGUAUCUGAAAUCAAACAUAACUGAUGACACCUUCCUGGAUUCCGUGUCUGAUGUGGGCGUGAUGGUUGACGACCUUAAGAAAAGAAGUAACGAUAUGGAGCAGGUCGCCACAGAAAUAAAGAACUUCGUCCGGGACAUAAAAGGGGCAACCACCAACUACAAUCUGACCUUUGACCUCACCAAGCAGCUAAAUGAGGACCUCGGCAGGGUUCCGUUUACAGUUAGCUGCUACUCGGCCAAAUACAGGAUUAUCAACAGGAUCAUCGCCGGCUGCAAGCAGGGCCAAGGAGGUAGAUCGUUUGACGAGUUGUACAACAAAGAGCAGAGUGGCUACGAAGACAAUGAGUAUGAUCCAGAAAAUCCGGACAACUGCGUCGAUAAAGUCGGCUUCCGGUACAUCCGUAAGCAAGAUGUGGAAAGCGCAUUGAUCGAUUCCGCGCAGAAAGAAGGGUUCAGCACGAAUUGUAAACUCAACGACAAGAGCUUGGUAGAAGCAGUUUGUGUACAGGGGGAACAAGGCUGGAGUAGCGCAAAUAUUGUUGUGAACUUGGCUAGACAUGGCAUCAAGGUCACAGAAGAAGAAGUUAAAGAAAUUUUGCCAAACUGCCCACUUACUGAUGAACAGAAACAGAAGGUUUGCUUCGAACGAAAGAAAAAAAGCAACGAAGAGAUUGCCGAGGAAAAUGGUUUCCAACUUAAACAGGUUGAAGCCGUCACGUGUCCCUGGCCCCUAACGGAAUUACAGAAACGAAGAGUGUGCUUGUACAGACACAGACUGAACAAAACCGACGCGUUUAUCGCGGACAAGUUGAAGGUCGAUGUCUCGCAAGUUGCUGCCGUCACUUGUCCCAGACCGAGUAAAGACUCAUCCAAGAAGCACAGGCGUCGAGGUUGACAGAAAAGUCAAGAAAUUGCUUUUAUGGUGUCAAUCUAAACAAAAGCUAUUUUAAAUAAAGUGCAGAAA